AUGUCUCCAAAAGUAGUUCAACCGGGGUCUCCAACCAAAGCUCCUGCAGCAAAGCCAAUUGGGCUGGCAGCGGAGCUCGCACAGGUUAAAAAUCAUAUCAGUGAGCUGAGAGCAAACAUUGAGAGUCUUGAAAAAGUCUUCCGCGAGAAUGUGUCAAUUCGACGGGCACAAUUCCAGCCGUACGCAGUUUUUUCCUCCGAAAUUCCAGCCUCAUCUUUGAGUGGAGAGGAAGAGUAUGCAAAGGAGAUGAUUGCACGGGCAAAGGAUGAGCUGUUAAGACGUAGUGGACAGAAAAAAAAGAUGGAGGAGCAGCAGGCAAAUCAAAAACUUGACUAUGAAGAGCUUCUUCGUAACAAGACUGCUGAGACAAGAAGGAAAUUUCGGCAGAAAGAGUCAUUGCUUGCGGCCGGCCCCAAGUUUUUGAAUCACUUUUCCUCCACUAAUGGGGAUAUCCUCCAUGUCCACAUCUUGGCAGAGAGAUUGUAUGUAGCUUUUGCUGCAAACAAUUACUUGGAAUUCUGGGAGCUUCCAUCCACCGGCGAGCAGCCAAUUCUUCGAGAUAUCAUCCGCUUGAGCAGUCUGGACAUAGUUACCACCGUAAGCGAUCUUUUCAUUGAAGAUGCAACACCUAUCCCCGAAACCUCUGCCUCCCCCACUGCCACGGCGAUGUCGUCUGUACAGCACUCGCGACGCCCAUCAAUCGGCAGACGUCCAUCAGUCACAGGUCGACGACCUACUAUAACAUCGUUUGCUGAGAUUCCGGAGGACACAAUCAUUGAAGAUGCUCAAAGCAUUCCACCACCACGUCAGAGCGGAUCACUCUGGGGUGAGACCUCCGGCGGGGGAAGGAAACGCAUGUCGAGCCGCACACAUCGGGUGAUAGGAAAUGUUCCCGAGGAGGAGUCGGCGGAGAGUGUCGCAGAGGCUAGUGGGACGGAGCGUGAAGAGCCCAUAAUGGUUGUGGCACCUAGCGAAGAAGACGAUGCAAAUCUGGGAUGGGGGCUUGCUUCGAGAUUGCUGUCACAUGGGAUCGGGAGACAGAUGCUUUGUCAUACACGCACUCGAUUACCAAAACACGACUGCUCUCCGUCAACCCUAUAAAAAUCUCCUGUUUUAUUGAGCACGAGGAAACCAUCGUCUGUUUGGUCUCUCAUUACGGGUCCGAUCACGUCCUUGCAGCAUAUAAUGCUAAUCUGGAAGAUCAAUGGCAAUGCAAAGGGGAUGUGUUACGAUAUACGGCAAAGGACAAACAGCUCAAAGUUAUUGCACAAACAAGGCUGGACACCGUGAAGGACGUUGCAAAAGCGGAGGAUGAGAGACCUACCACCAGCAUGAGUUCUGGAAAUACUGAAGGUCAACCAGGUGACAAUUAUUCUCGUUCUGUCUAUGUUAGAGUACUAAUCAUG